AAAGUGAAACUCACACAACAAAAUACACAGCAAAAUAAAUACACACCAAACGAUGAGGGUAAAUUUUCUAGUGUGUCUGGCCUUGGGUUGCUUGAGCGUGAUGCCUUUGCUGGUGCAUGCCAUGCCGAUCGAGCAGCCUCAAGACGAGCUGCAGACAAAGGGCAUAGCCGAAACUGAAGAUCCUGAUGGGCAGGACAUGCAGAAGGCAACUGAUUUGAACGCUGGGUUUGAGGAACAGGAACAGGAGCAGGAGCAGGAGCAGGACAUGCAAGUGGCAGCAGACAGUGCUGGCAUUGAGAGAGAGGAACAAGAGCAAGACAUGCAAAUGGCAGCAGAUAAUUCCGGCUACGGCAGGCUGGAAAGGGAGCGAGAGAAGAGCAAACUUCGCAUGUUUCCCAAAGUGCAUCGCACCGCUCUAGCAGCACACGGCGGACAGUCGCUGCACACCAAGGAUCUGCUCAACUUUUGGGUCAAGGAGAAACCCCACGAAGUCACGCAGGCAGCGCCAAAGAACGAUGAUGGGGAGCUGGAUCUACGAGCUGGUAAAGGAAAGGGAGGAGGAGGCGGAGCUGCGGCCACAGUUGCUGGCAGAGCUGGCACCGAGAUGACAAUUUCCCUGCCGAAUGUUGUCACUGAUCAUAUGGGCAAUUGGGUGUUCAAUCCCUGGGGACUCACCUUCGGCCGUGUUUGGGAGGACACUCGCUUCGCGUUUCAGGGCAAACACUGGCUGCCCUGGAUCAUGAAGGAUCUCAGCAUCAAGGGCGACUAUCGGCAGGAGAAGCUGCACGGCACCGUGUGCCAGGGCAAGUCGACCAUCUACAACUAUCCCAAAAUAUACAGUUGGUUUCCGCGCCACAUUGACACCCACAAGCGCCAUCAUCGCAACAUUCUGCUGAAUCUGCGCAGGGAAAUCUACACGGAUGGCCGCACAGAGUCCUGCCACGUGAAGGAUCUGGACGAUUGGUACGCCUAUCAGAAGUGCACCAUACUGAGGAACAUGCGUAUGGAUUACUUGGUGCCCAAUUAUCCACUUCAUCGUUGGUAUAAGACCCCAUAGAGUGGAAAAUAAAACUGGAAAAUAUUUUAAUCGCUA